GCAGCACGUAAUAUUGUUCGUCCAGAAACAAAGCGUUAAAGAACAUUUUUCAAACACCACAGGAUAUAUUUAAUAUAGAGCUAUUUUACGUUCGUCAUUGUGUGUAUAUGACAGCAGUUAACACAAAUGUUUUUCAUCGUUCUUUUACAAAAGAAACUAAUACGCAGGUACAUUACAAAGCUCACGUCGAAUAUCGGCUAGCUGGCAUUAAUGCUUAUUUAGAGGUCUUCACAUUGCUAACCGACGUCAAUACUGCGGACUAAAAACUGCUUAAAUUCACCCUACAAAUUUGAUUCGGGAGACAUGACGGCAAAGAAGACAACAUUGUUUUUUCGUCAAUGAGUGUCCUGCAGUGUCUUCCUGUGUUUCGGUUCAAACUCUAAAAGGAUGUUCCUGCGCAAUCGUAUGGUGAUCCUGGGCAUGGUGUUGUUGGCCACCUUAUUACUGUACCUGCUACUGCCCUCCAUACGUCAAGGCAACAUGGAGCCAUCCCUCAACGCACAAAGACUCGGGCUCUUGGCCACAUCCCCACCGCCACUUCUCAACGUGAACGUGUCUGUUCGCACAGGACAUCUGCCUGGGGACCCGCCGCUCUUUUUCCGUGAAGCUUUGCCCAUCGACGGAGCUGGACGACAGAUACUGCCCAGGUUACAAGUGGUACUUUUGCAUGGCCAGGCCUUUACAUCAAAAACAUGGGAAGAACUUGGUACCAUGGCCCUUCUUGCUACUAAUGGAUAUCAGGCUUUAGCCAUGGACCUGCCAGGGUAUGGUAAGUCGCCCGACUCUGAGACCCUCAAGACCGAUCAAAGUCGAGUGGACCUGCUCUCCAGGUUCAUGGAGUCACUGGGUGUGAGGGCGGCGGUGCUUGUGAGUCCGUCCAUGAGCGGCCAUUACUCCAUCCCAUUCCUCAUGAAGAACAGCGGACAGCUGCGAGGCUUUGUUCCCAUAGCGCCUGUCGGUACUCGAAGUUACACGCCACAACAGUAUCAGAAUAUCCAGACACCUACCCUGAUUGUGUUCGGGGCCCUUGACACUAAUCUGGGCGCCCAGUCUCAUAAAAACCUUGCCCAACUUCCUCAUCACACUGUGCUCAAGAUGGAUGAAGCUCGCCACGCGUGCUACAUGGACAAACCGAGAGACUUUCACCAAGGGCUGAUCGAAUUUCUCGGAAAAUUGAAGUGAGAUGUGCUACAGCAAAGAUGGACGGGAAAACAUGAGGAGGUACUUGACUUGGCCUGGCAUGAGCUUGCUUUGGCAAAAUAGGAUUACAAAAAAGUCGUUAUUGUUGCAAGAGGAAGAAGCUAUAUGAUGUGGAUAAAACUGAAGCAAAGAAAGCUCAGACUAUAUAUAAUUUAUUCAUUUUCAUGAAACAAUUUGUGCAAUAAGCCCCCACUUGUACAGUUGCGUGACAUUUCUCUUUGCAUGCCCCAAAAAAAAUAAAAGGAUUGAGUUUGCAUCAGUGUUGCCAUUUUUGUAGGUGACAUGAGAAAUUACUGCUGUAAAUUGUGCAAAAUGUAGCCGCGGCAAAUGCAUGUGCUCUGGGAAAAGCUAGUGGUCACUCUUCAUUUUAGACAUUCCAGAUGUGUGCAAACGUAAAACAAAGCAAAACCAAUGCUCUCGACAAUGGAAAAUGCAAGGAAGUUCAUGUUGAAAAACAUGUUUCUGAUAAUAAAAUAACAUUUAAUAUACAGUA